AUGCUGCAGAUCGGAGAUGAAGUGGUUUAUUUCUCGGCGGUGUUUCUGCUUGUGAUUCUGGGGACGAGGAGCGCCACGGGGGCCUCAAUCCUGACCGCAUUCCUCUAUGUCUUCAUGGUGAUGUUCCGGUUUCCUCCGGUGCCCGCGGACCAGGCAGGCCGUGUCCUGCGGCCCAGGGCUCCUUCCGGCGGCGUCCCCGUCGUGGCGCACCGCGGAGGGAGCCACGAUGCUCCGGAGAACACCCUGGCAGCGAUCAGAGAGGCCAGUAGGAACGGGGCUACUGGAGUUGAACUGGACCUGAGUUUCACAGCUGACGGAGUACCCGUACUGAUACACGAUGAGACUGUGGACCGCACCACCAAUGGCUCUGGACCAGUUAACAAAAUGCAGUUUGUCCAGCUCAGGAGACUAGAUGCUGCUGCUCACCACAGGCUGAGGGAGAGAUUCAGUGGAGAGAAGGUCCCAACUCUGCAAGAGGCAGUGGAGGAAUGCAUCAGACACCAGCUGACCAUCUUCUUUGAUGUCAAAAGUCAACCUGAUAAGGCUGCGUCAGUACUUCGUGAGAUGUAUAAGAAGUUUCCGGUCCUUUACAAUACCAGUAUGGUUUCCUCCUUUGAACCCAAAGUCAUCUACAAGAUGCGUCAAACAGAUCCCAAUGUAGUCACGGCUCUCACCCAUCGGCCCUGGAGACUGAGCCGCUUUGGUGACGGCACUCCUCGGACUCCGUCAUCAUGGAAUCAGCUGUGGACCGGGGUUCUGGAUGUGUUGCUGGACUGGGCUCAUCACCACAUACUGUGGAAACUCUGUGGAGUCUCCGCCAUCCUGGUGCAGAAAGACUUCAUCUCUCAGGACUAUGUUCAGUACUGGGCAGAACGUGACGUGGAGGUAGUGGGCUGGACUGUUAACACAGCUGUGGAGAAAGAUUACUACCAAAACCUGCUCAACAUUGGCUUCAUCACUGACAGUCUGCUGGAAGACUGCGAUCCUCAUUACUGAAUGAUGACACACUCAUACGAGGUCUCUCAAGACGUGACAAUGAUUAAAAACACCAAGAAAAAGCUUCCUUAUGAACAAAUUAGAAGUUUCAUUACUACAGUUCAAAGGUUCUUUUCUUCUUCUUUCAAAGAGACAAAUAUACUGAAAAAGUUUAAAGAGGGAGGAAGCUUGAUAUUUGGUGCUAACUAACUAUGUGGUGGCAAUC